UGGGUGAAUUUUCGAAGUAAGUCAACUUGCGCAAGCCGUCACCACGAUUGAAAUCACAGAGAAGAAAUUCACGUCGAAUUUCAGGCGAAUUUCCAACGAAAACUUCCAACUUAUAAUGUCAUACGCGUACUUGUUCAAGUACAUCAUUAUCGGGGACACAGGCGUGGGAAAGUCUUGUCUCCUUCUACAGUUCACAGACAAACGCUUCCAGCCCGUUCAUGAUCUCACGAUCGGCGUCGAGUUUGGUGCCCGUAUGAUCACCAUUGACGGAAAACAGAUCAAGCUACAAAUAUGGGACACAGCCGGCCAAGAGGCAUUCCGCUCAAUUACUCGGUCUUACUACAGAGGAGCAGCUGGAGCUUUGCUCGUUUAUGAUAUAACACGUCGAGACACGUUCAACCACUUAACCACCUGGCUGGAAGACGCUCGUCAACAUUCCAACUCUAACAUGGUCAUUAUGCUGAUUGGAAACAAAAGUGAUCUGGAAGGCCGCAGAGAAGUUAAGAGAGAAGAAGGCGAAGCCUUUGCCAGAGAGCAUGGCCUAAUUUUCAUGGAAACUUCUGCCAAAACUGCUGCUAAUGUGGAGGAAGCCUUUAUUAACACCGCGAAGGAAGUUUACGAAAAAAUCCAGGAAGGAGUGUUCGACAUUAACAAUGAGGCAAACGGCAUUAAAAUUGGACCACAGCAUUCUCCCACAAACCCCUCGUUACCCUCCGGCGGACAGGGUGGCAUGCAAGGUGGUGGCUGUUGCUAAGAGCACCUCCUCCACCUGAGACUGGCGAUAAUUUAAGUUUCCUCUCCACCUACCUAACUUUUCUAUGACAUGAUAAUGAUUUGUGCAGUUCUCAAGAUAGGGCAGGCUGGUUUGUUGCUUGGCACACGUUUCGUAUCCAUCACAAGUCCCCAGUAAUCAAUCAAACUAAAUUAUAAUUACUCGUCUUCACUGAAAUUUCUGUCUAAAACUUUAAUAAUAAGUCAGUUUUGUGCUCUCACAAAUUUUACUUGGUAAUCAGGUCAUUUCAUUUGGAAACUAAAUUUUGUGUUAAUAAUUCUGUCUCUUGGUAUCUUUAACUUGUGGUUAUAAGCUUGAUUAUUGAAAAUGUGCAUAUUAACGACAACGUUGAGAUAGGCGCAGUCACACUUAUAUAAUCAUGUAUGUGUAACUAUUUAUCAAUGCACCUCUUCCUUCUUGUCGGAAACAACGCAUAUUUAAAACGUCUUAAUUUUUAACACAUUUGUAAAUCCAUUUAAGUCAAGCUGAUUACCUUGGAUAAAAAUUUGUCUAAAGACUCCUUUUGUUCUAAAACACCUUCCGCUGUGUGAAACGGCUGGAUGAGGAUCAAUUUUGUAAAGAAAUCCUGUCACUUGCUAAUUAAUUAGUAAUUUAUUCGAUCAAGUUUUGAAAUUUCCGAGGGCAGGGUUUCAAUGAUAUAUAAGGCUGGUGUUAACUAAUCUAAUAUCCCAUAUAGAGUGGUUUUGUUCCUGAAUGAUUGCUUGCUGUAGCUGAGACGGGUUUGAAAUUAUCACAAAGCGCUAAAACGCUUUGUCUAAUUUAAAAACCUAGUUAUUUGUUGUAUAGAGCUUGAAACGAUUACAAACCUUUGUUGCGUAUGCGUAUAUCCGGUGCCGUUUUCAAGGCUUGUAAAAUUUUGAUUAGAUUGUUUAAUCCACCCUCCGUAGUGACAAAAUGAGUCUAUAGGCAUUUUUUAACUUGUGCCUAGUCUUAGCUUCUCAAUGAUAAUUCAUAGAGAAAUCUUAUCGAUUGGUUUUAUUUAAUUCAGUUUACAUUAUGAUUUGUUUUAUAUUUUAAUAUCUCAUAGCACCAAAAAUGUCUUCACCUCUUGAAGUCAUUCCCCCAUCUGAAAUGAUUGUAGUACUCUCUGUCGUAAAAUGGUCUCUAUAAUUUCCCUAUUGGCAUAAUUCUCAUUUUUUUUCUUUUGACAUGUUAAAACGUGAAAUGUGUCUUUUCAUUAUUACCAUUAAUCAUAAAACUAGUUAAUCAUUCAAAUUGAAAAUUAUUAUAUUUUUCUGUGUUAUUAGCUUUUUGAAUAUGAUAUGAUCAUUAAAUCAGUUUAAGCACUGUACCUCAAUGUA